CUGCGGGUGGGGGGAAUCAAUAUGAGCCCCUAUUUCUCUCUCUCUCAGGCUCAGCCAGCACUUGGCAUUCAGCGGCCGCAGACAUGCAAUUGAACGAAGGAGAAGAAAGACCCCAAACCAAGAACAAAAGAGUGCAGUUUGGCAAUUAAGAAGAAGGAGGAGGAGGAGAAGAAGAAGAAGAAGAAGGAGAAGAGAUGAGUAAAAUGAAAGCUUCGAGCUCGGAAUUGGAUUUGGAUCGACCAAAUAUCGAGGACUAUCUGCCCUCUGGAUCCAUCCAGGAACCUCACGGCAAACUUCGCCUGCGUGAUUUGCUCGACAUUUCCCCUACCCUCACUGAGGCGGCUGGUGCCAUUGUUGAUGACUCCUUCACACGAUGUUUCAAGUCGAUUCCUUCAGAACCAUGGAACUGGAAUAUAUAUCUCUUUCCUUUGUGGUGCGUGGGUGUCCUUGUCAGAUACUUAGUUCUUUUUCCAUUAAGGGUUAUCGUGUUGACAGUAGGAUGGAUAAUAUUUCUCUCAUGCUAUAUUCCAGUGCAUUUGCUAUUGAAAGGGCAUGACAAGUUGAGAAAAAAAUUGGAGAGGUGUCUUGUGGAGUUGAUUUGCAGUUUCUUUGUGGCAUCAUGGACUGGGGUUGUCAAAUAUCAUGGUCCACGUCCUAGCAUCCGGCCUAAGCAAGUAUUUGUAGCAAAUCAUACAUCAAUGAUUGAUUUCAUUAUUCUGGAACAGAUGACUGCAUUUGCUGUAAUUAUGCAGAAGCAUCCAGGGUGGGUUGGGUUAUUGCAAAGCACUAUUUUAGAAAGUGUUGGAUGCAUCUGGUUCAACCGUUCAGAGGCUAAGGACCGUGAAAUCGUAGCAAGAAAGCUAAGAGAGCAUGUUGAGGGGCCAGACAACAAUCCUCUUCUUAUAUUUCCUGAAGGAACAUGUGUAAAUAAUCAUUACACAGUUAUGUUCAAGAAGGGUGCUUUUGAACUUGGUUGCACUGUUUGCCCAAUCGCAAUUAAGUACAACAAAAUAUUUGUCGACGCCUUUUGGAAUAGUAGAAAGCAAUCCUUCACAAUGCAUCUGUUGCAGCUUAUGACAUCAUGGGCUGUUGUUUGUGAUGUGUGGUACCUGGAGCCCCAAAAUCUGAAACCUGGAGAAACACCAAUUGAAUUUGCAGAAAGGGUGAGGGACAUUAUUUCUGUUCGAGCGGGCCUUAAAAAGGUCCCAUGGGAUGGAUACUUGAAAUAUUCUCGUCCUAGCCCUAAGCAUCGUGAGCGAAAGCAACAGAGCUUUGCAGAAUCAGUUUUGCGCCGCCUUGAGGAGAGAUAGGAAUAUGAUCCGACACGGUUUUUUUUGGGCAUGCGUAAUUAGACUGGCAGGAAUCAGAGGUCAAAUGUUGAUAUGAAGUUCAUUUUAAUUUUUGUAUUUAAUUGGAAUUAUUUAUUUGGAUGACGUGCAUUAAGCAAAGUGCUGUGACUUCUGGCUUCUGAUGCAUGUUUAUGAUUUAGUUGAAUCCAUACAGUUUGGGGCUGGAAGGGAGAAGAUUGGUUUUGCCUGACACAUGUAGUUGCUUGUUAUAAAGGAUAAAUUUUGUACGUUGAUAUUGCACGGCGGAGGUAGUGGUCAGGCAGGCGCAUGAAUGUUUUGGUUAUAAGGGCGGUCGUUUUUCUAUUAA